AGACGGCUCCUCUGAACCAUCGACCUCCGGCCGCUCUCUGCAUGCUCGCACACACCGCUCUCCGACUCUCCGCUGUCAUUCAUUGUGGCCGUGUUUGAGACGCCCAUGCUGUUAGUAGCGGACCGUGUGCUGCCAUGAGUGCUUUGUGUCGCCUGAUCCAGAGAGGACUGCUGAGCGGGCGGCCGUCGUGUCGUUUAUUCCCCGGGCAGCAGGACGUGUGCGGUUUGGCAUCCAGCGCCUCAUCCAGCCCUGUCAACCUGACCUACGAUGUGUUCGAUGGGAAGGGUGAGAGCACUCCCCUGGUGUUUCUGCACGGCCUGUUUGGCAGCAAAUCCAACUUCCACUCAAUAGCGAAGUCCUUGGUGCAGCGCACAGGCCGAAAGGUGCUGACUGUAGAUGCCCGUAACCAUGGUAACAGCCCCCACAGCCCCGUGCUAACGUAUGAGGCGAUGACCAGCGACUUGAAACACCUCCUCGCACAGCUGCAUAUUGAGAAGUGCGUCCUCAUCGGCCACAGCAUGGGAGGGAAAACGGCCAUGACGACCGCUCUGACGCAGCCUGGUUUAGUGGAGAGGCUGGUGGUCGUGGACAUCAGUCCAGCGCAGUCCACCACACGCACCAACUUCCGAUAUUACAUCCAGGCGAUGCAGGAGAUGAAGAUCUCCACCGACAUCCCACGUUCCACUGCCAGGCGGAUGGCUGAGGACCAGCUGCGCAAGCUGGUCAAGGAGCACUCGGUGCGUCAGUUCCUGCUCACCAACCUGGUGCAGCAGAACGGACACUACGCCUGGAGGGUCAACUUGGAGGCCAUCUCGGCGCACCUUGAUGACAUCAUGAGCUUCCCCAGCUUUGACUCCGUCUAUGAGGGACCCACGCUGUUUUUGGGCGGAGCCAGUUCUGCUUACAUCAGCUCUGAUGAUUACCCAGAAAUCCAGAGGCUGUUCCCUUACGCCGACAUCCAGUACAUCCCGGACGCGAGCCACUGGAUUCACGCGGACAAACCCUUAGAUUUCAUCAGCUCCAUCAUCUCCUUCCUUCAGUCCUAGCUGCCUUCGGCCUCCGAACUUUUUAAACCCCUCAGCAACGCUCAGAGAAAAACUGGAGGUGAGAAUUCAGCAGGACCGAGCGGUGUCAUUAACGAUGCUAAUAUUUGCCAACUCUGGACCAAACCCUUUUGCAGCAGUCCAAUCUUACCUUUUAACUACGUCAGAGUUAGUGUCGUGUAGGUGAACUUUUAUUUAGUUUAGCCUCUCUACCAGACACGUAGUGUUGCUAGAUCGUCUGGUUUCUAGAUGUGUGUUUUUGAUUUGUAAUUUAUAGGCAGACAACAACAAUGUCUCCAGCUUAGCAUAAGAGGGCUGUUUCUGGAGGUGAUAUACUAAUCCAAAGAAACUCUCAUUUGCACAGUGCUUUCUUUGCGUAGAUGAAUUUUAUGCCAUAGUGUCAUAGAAAAGUUGAGUACAAGUACAACUGGAGACAGGCGAAGUGGACCAGCAGUAAGACGGUGUGACAGCACUGCGAUGAAAGGUCAAAUAUUUAAGAAUACGCUAAGAAGAAAAGUAGUCAGGAGUUUAUCGGCUCUGCGCGGAGGCUGUGAUUCAGACUUUUAUGUGUUACAGGAGGUCAGUGAUACAUUAGUAUUCCAGUCCUCUCCUCCGCGUAUCUGCCGUAAAGUCACACAUGAGGAUUUACAGGUUGUUUACUUGUCGCAGAAGCACUGGGUAUAUUUUUUACGCCGACUUAAUUAUCUAUGAAAACCAUGCUGAUACUCUCAAAUGUAUAUCACCGUCUGUUUCCUGACGAUCUCAGGUCACAACUGGAUAUACUACUUAUUAUACACUUAUAUUCUUUUUGUCUGUGUGGCAAUAAGCCGUGGUAACGUCGUCGUGUCUUCGUAUUUGGUCGGCCCACUCUGUGUUUUGAUGAAAUAAUACCAAUUUAUUAUCUGUAUCUCACUUAUAUUUACAAGUAAGGCGCAAAGCUAUAUGGGUAUCUCACAAAUAUAUGCUGCAGCAGUGUACGUUGUUACUGGUAAAAAAAAUAACUGUAAAAGUGUUAAUAUCCUUUCCGUCUCCAUGGGUUUGAAAAGUAGUGAAACUGCCACGUGUGUGAGUAAGCAGGGUGUCGUUCAUUUGUACGUGCCUCUUUUGUCGAGAGCUCCUUUUCCAUUUCGCUAAAACUUUAUAAAAGGAAAAAAAAUAAAUAAAUAGACUUUCGUUCUGCAUUAAUACCUUGUAGACUUGUGAUUGGCAGCUGGGUUGCCAGAUCUGUGUGGAUUUUCUCAUGAGGGAGCUGAACGGUUGAGGUGCUCGAUGUUUACUACAAUCAGUGUUUCAUGUUUGUUUGAUGUCAAUACAGGAGUCUUAAAAAGACUUAAAAAGGUCAGAUCUAUCUUGAGUCUUGAGGCUGUUCUCCUCACCACCAACCACACAGCUCCUACUCUCUGUCAAGUCCUGACUUCCUAUUACUCGCUGCUGUCUGUUAGACCAACCGGAGGCGUUCAGGGUCCAUUCCCAUUAGUAAUGUUGAAAACCAGUAAUAACAGAGUCCAUUAAGAUGUUUUUUCCACUUAUCUGAGUAACUUCUGAAAGAGUUCCUGGGUGUUGGGGGUUGUUUGCCUGUGGCUGUUCGGGUCUUAGUGUCUGUUAACGACCAGAUACUUUCCUGUAAUUGGAGGAAACUGUUUGAUCCUGUCCUCUUUCUCCAAUAAAUGGUACUCAAGUGACCCAUUAUCAGUCAGAGGCUCCGGUCUCAAUGGGAAGGAAACUCCACACUGUACUACUACUGUGUUGCUGAUUGAUGGCAGAUUAUAUCUCAGCCCACUGCCCCUGUUCAGAGAGGGGGGGUUUUAACACUUUCUUUACACUUAUUUCAAAGCAUCUGUCUUCUCUGGCUAAAAUGUGGACGUUGUUGUCUUCAAAUGAGUAGCUUCCUUCGUCCUUCGGGUGUAGGUGACAGCCCGAAUAGUUUCCUGGAGAGCUGACUCUCCGGUUUCUCCUUGUUUCCUCAACGUACAAGUCUGUGCAUUCAUGCUAUCGUGUGUCUCAAUCAGCCACAGUAACAUUUGGAGUUGGGACUUGACGGGGGGGAUGUUUGCUCUCUGCUUGGUGAUCCGGGGACCAGCCAGAAGGCCCGAGAAAGCUCCAGUUAGUCGAGAAUCAAACCCCUCUUCCUCCUCCUCGACCACAGGACAGGUUUGUCUUGUCGCACAAUUAUUGGGGGGGGGGGUUGCGUAAUGCUGACAUUUGAAUGCAAGUCCCGCUUCGGCUUCUGCUGCAGCGGGACAAGAAUACGUCAAAAGAGAGCACUACAGAGAGUUAUCUGAGGACCGUAAUCAUCUGUUCAGGAUUGUACGUUGUUUCACAAUGAGCAUGCCUUUUUCUCUCGUCAUCGGGUGUGAAUUUGCUGUGCUAUAUACGUCUCAGUUUGUUGAAUAUUUGGCCACAGUGGUGGCACUCAUUCUAGACAAUGGCUUAUAUAUCUAUAUAUAUAUAUCUAUAUAUAUAGAUAUAUAUAUAUAUAUAAAUUCUAAAUGUGUGCAAGAUGCAUAUAGAAGUGGAUUAUAUAUUGUUGAAAAUGAUAUUAUUCAAUAAAAUGAAUAAAACAAAAAAAUCAGUGGCAGAGUU